UGGAACUCUUAUUAAAUUAUGAUUCUGAAUUCGAAAAGUCGACGAAGUUUGUCGGGUAACCAGUGUCCCAGUGGAAGAAGGAUAACUUUACAGUGGCUGCCCGCUUGAAUUGGAUAGGCAUGCCAAUAAAUGGUUCUAUCAAAGUAUUAGUUAUAAAAUUGAGACACUAUCUAUUUAUGCCCAGUUAAGCUGUUUCGCUUAUUCGACUCCUUUAAUUAUAUUAUGCUCUGAAAUGACUGCGCCACUUAAUUUAUACUAGUUAAUUAGUUAAUGUGCAGUAAAUGUCAUAUGCUGGGCACAUCAGCCGUUCAUUUUACACUUUACAAGGCGGAACAUAAGCUAACAGGGCACAAAGUCACUUGCCGUACCUAGAAGCUAAUACACAUCGGACCAUAAACAGCAUUCAAGGCAACAUCCCUGAGAUAGUGUGUUUUUUGCAGGUAUUUAAAUGUUUCUAGUGUGUCACAGUGUCAAGGUGUCCGAAAGCUGGCAGUGGUUCCAAAGCCACAGCCCCAUCGAUAUGCCUCGGGUUUGAACCUCCACCUCCACCGUGGGGCUCCAGUUUCGGUGAGCAAUCAACAGCUCCAUUAAAGCUAUCUCUCCCAGCCUUGCCACCUGUUAUGUCUCGAGCAACAGGAGGCCAUUCAUAAAGGACGUUACUUGGGAGCAGUGGAAAGCAGAGAGAAAGGCUCACUGGCAGGAUUCGCUGUGAGUACCACUCGACUUGAGUCCUUUUUCCAAGCGCAUGCUCGCAGACGAAAGCUUUACAGUGUGGACAAAGAAGAGGUCCUUUUGAGGGGAAAUACGCACCUGAAUCGUCUUCAUGUUAAAUUGCCUGUUUAAUGAUCUUGCAGAUCUUGCUUAUACGGUGUUUAAGGCCCUCAGUACAUGUAUCUCAAUGCUUAUAUUAGCAGUUUUGGAUAUAUUUAAUUAGCUAUUUUAUAAGAAAGUUCAUUUUAAAAUAAUGUUAAUGUUUUAAACACACAUAACUGCUCUCCUCUGGCUCAAAGAGCAAACUCAAAGUCCUUUUUUGUCAUCGAAAUAUUUUUCAAAAACGGAUUUUUUAAUAAAUAUUCAUAAAAGAGAAAUCUUUUUGGUUGGCGAAUGGAAUUGCGGCUUUUGAGCACAUGUGGAAUGCUGCCAUGCACGUAUGUAAAAUGUUAUUUAUAUGCUGAUGAUAUUGGGAAGACAGCUUCUGGUACAUUUUUCCGCUCCGUGGAUUGUUCUCAUGGUGAAUAAUCCUUUGCUCCGUCAUCACGCUUUACCCCGGUGUGGAAAAUCAGCUGAGUAAAUAAGAGGCUCAACAUCAAUUGCUCGAUUUAACCAAUUUGCACUUUUUUCCGGGCAGAAAGUAUACCAAGAAUAACAACAACGACAAAGAGCCACAAUAAUAAUAACUUUUCAUAGCGCACCCCAUUGUUGUUAAGAGGCCCCAAGUGUACGGUGUUGGUAUCCUGGAAUAUUUCGUAUACCAUGUACAAACAAUAGGCAUUUAUUGCAGUGCGCUUUAGUAAAGUGCACAUUAAACAAUUAAUUAGGUAGAUAUAUUAAGUUAUAUAUAUAUAUAUAUAUAAGUUCUGUUUUAGAACCGUAAUUAAAAGAUUUGAAAUAAUUUAAAGCUGUUUUAUUUAUAAUUUUUUUUUCUCAAUUUAUUCACACCUACACCUCCUUCUACAGAGAUCGAAAAAUAUGCACAAAUAAUGCACCAAGGAAUUUUCCAUUUAUCCCCUUCGACUUUCGUUUCCGCAAUCCUUUCGCUGCGAAUGCACAGGACAAGCGAUGACACGGCGGGAUUGCUCCUCUCUCGUCGCGCGCCAUUGUCCUGGAUAUGGGGCGUAUGAGUAAUAUGCCAAUUACACAUUUUGUGCAUUCUCCUGUUGCUUGUUCGCGCAGCUGCUUACAUUUUUAUGUUUCCCUUCCUUUUCCGCGUCAGCGCUAUAAAAAUAUUGUUGUAUUUUUAACUUUUUUUUGUUAGUGUCGCCUCUUACUUUUCAGCUGCUUGUUAUUUGAGUGGGUGUGUGUUUAUCUGCAGCGACGUUGCGUAUACGAGGUGGUGGCUGGAAGCGGCUUUGAGCCGUAUAAAGUUGUCUAAGCUAGACGAUUUAGAAAAGCAAAAGUAGUAAAAAUUUUAAAGCUUUUUGAAUAAAACCGUAGCUGGAUAUAAAAUCAAAAUCUUUAGGCGAAGAAAUGUAGAAAACUGUAUGUCAUAAAUGCAUAUCACGUUUACAGUCCUCUUUAUUCUGAAUAAGUUUUAUCUGCUGUUGCAACAAUAUUUUGCAUUAACCUUGGUCUGUGAAUUCCAUAUAUCAUUUAAAUAUGCAUGACUGUUUUUCAUAGGGGUAUGCUGCUCAUAUAAAAAGUUUGCACUACUUAUUUCUGUUCAUUUUAACACCGGUUAAUCAACAUGAAGUGGCUCAAUUUUUCAGUGCAAUUAAUUUUUUGUCUGCCCAGUUUUUUGGCUACAUUUAAUCCUUAUAGAAGAAAUGUGGAGUUGCUUAAUCACGAACCAGUAUUAGGAAUAUGUUCAAAAAACGAGUUGGCUUCUGUCGAGGAACUUUGGUUGGACCAGAAAGUGGAUCAUUUCGAUAAGAACAACAAUAGAACCUGGAAAAUGCGUUAUUAUCGUAACGCCAAGCAUUUCAAGCCCCAAGGACCCAUUUACAUAUUCGUGGGAGGUGAAUGGACCAUCAGUCCAGGAUUAUUAAGCACUGGAUUAACCCACGACAUGGCAGUGGAAAACUCGGGAAUGCUUUUCUACACCGAGCACCGCUACUAUGGACUGAGUUUACCUUUUGGCCAUGAGAGAUACCAAUUGAAUAACCUUAAGCAACUGAGUCUUCAUCAAUCAUUGGCUGACUUGGCUCACUUCAUACGCCACCAAAAGUCUAAUGGCCCCGAAAUGGAGGACUCCAAAGUUAUUUUGGUUGGCGGCUCUUAUUCGGGCAGCUUGGUGACCUGGAUGACUCAACUGUAUCCGGAUUUAAUAGCUGCCAGCUGGGCCUCCAGUGCACCAUUAUUGGCGAAAGCGGAUUUUUUUGAAUACAUGGAAGUAGUCGGCAAAUCAAUACAAUUGAGCUAUGGCAAAAACUGCUCUUUGCGUAUCGAAAAGGGUUUCAAAUUCUUGGCAAAGCUAUUUGAUGGCGAUGAAAUUCAGGAGCUGCUCUAUAAUCUUAAUGGCUGCGAGGGUUAUAGUCCCAAGAAUCCUUUGGAUAGGGCAGCUUUCUUCAAUGGACUGGGAAACUAUUUUGCUUUAGUGGUGCAAAGUUAUAGUGCUUAUAUACCCCGGCUUUGUGAGACUUUGAUGAGCCUAGAUUCCAGUGAUGAGCUGGCAUUCAUAGAAUUCUUAAAACUACUCUAUUCGGAAGGAAGGCGCUCCAGUGAUUGCCAGGACUUUGGCUACUCAUCCAUGCUAGAACUUUUCACCGAGGAUUCAGUUCAAAGUUCGGAAACUCGCGCCUGGUUUUAUCAAACCUGCAAUGAGUUUGGCUGGUACACAACUACAAAAUCCAAAUCAUCUGCGUCCCAAGCCUUUGCCAAUCAGGUGCCCCUGGGCUACUUCGAACAACUUUGCCAGGAUGCGUUUGGAGCGGAACAGACUGCCCAGCAAUUGGCCCAGGGCGUUGAGCAGACGAAUAGCAAAUUCGACGGAUUCGGGUUCAAUCAGAGCGAGCGUUAUGCUCAGGUAAUCUUCACGCAUGGCGAACUGGAUCCGUGGAGUGCUCUGGGCCAGCAAAAGGGCGACCAGGCUAUAGUCCUGACGGGCUACUCGCACGUCGAGGAUUUGGCCAGCAUCCGGGUGACGGACAGCGUGCAGAUGAAUCUGGCCAAGCUGCGUGUUAUGUCCUUUCUGCGACGCCACAUAUGAAUCAUACCGGAUCCACAUCCAGAUCCACUCGAAUAAAUUAUUAAACUAACAAAUGCGUCGUGUGAUGAGCCCAUUUGAAAAUGUCAUGGGAGCAGCUCCUCGUGUCCUUUGGCAAACAAAGUGAUAAAUGGAGUGAUGCUUGGACACUAAGUGAUGUGUCUGGUCCGUUGGCUUGCGUAAACAAUUUUCCCGAAUGCGGCAUUCUUGUUGAUUAGGAAAUUGCACUUGUCCUUUGGCUUUUGCAUUUUCCCCUGUUUGUUUGUCUUGGCUUGAUUGGUUGAUUAAGGAACCCAUUGAGUGGACACCUACGCCUCCACUUAUGUAGGUGGUGUUUGUGAAAACUUUCUUGACAUUGGGUGAAGUCUUAAGGUGUCUCAAACAGCCGCCUGGUUAGGAUGUAAUA